CCAUCCACAUCGCAUCGGAUCUCAACAUCCACAUCACAUAUCACAAAACCGUUAACAAGGCAUCAGAACAGCAAAAAAAAAAUGGCCUUGAACGCAUUAGCCAACCUCGCCGAAGCCCGUAUGGGCGACCUCCCCACCUCAACCCCCGUCUCCCGCGACGCAAAAACCCGCCCGGGUGCCACCAUGAAAGCGCUCGCCUGGUACGGCAAGCACGACCUGCGCCUCAUCGACGCGCCCGUCCCCGCCAUCUCGCACCCCAAGGACGCCAUCAUCCGCGUCACGGGCACCACGGUGUGCGGCAGCGACUUGCAUCUGCUGCAUGGGGAUAUCAUUCAGUUGGUAAAGGGAGAUAUUUUGGGCCAUGAGUAUAUGGGGAUUGUGGAGGAGGUUGGGAGUGAGGUGAAGGGGAUCAAGGUGGGCGAUACAGUUGUGGCGGCUUUCAAUAUUGGGUGUGGGGAAUGUGAGUACUGCAAGAAGGGAAUCUUCACGGAAUGCGACACGACCAACAACUCCGCGCUCAUGCAAGCCAUGUACGGCCACAAACUCGGCGGCAUCCUGGGCUACGGCCACUUCGGCGGCGGGUUCGCCGGCGGCCAGGCCGAAUACGUCCGCCAACCUUUCGCCGACGUCAACCUCCUCCCCAUCCCCGCCGACGUCCCCGCCGAGAAAGCCCUUUACCUCUCCGACGUCGUCGGUACCGCUUACCACGCCGUCGUCUGCUCCGGGGCCAAGGAGGGCGAGACGGUCGGGAUUUGGGGAUUGGGACCCAUCGGUCUGCAUGUCGCGCAGUGGUUGAGGAAGAAAACCAAAGUCGCGCGUAUCAUCGCCGUCGACAACGUCCCUGAACGCAUGGAGAUCGCCAAGACCUGGGGCGUCGAAUCCAUCAACUUUGACGUCGACACGGACGUCGUUGCCAAGAUCCAGGAGCUUGUACCCGGCGGCCUGGACCGCUCGAUUGAUUGUGCGGCGUUCAGGUAUGCCAAGUCGAUGUUGCAUAAGGUGCAGCGCGCGAUUGGGUUGGAGACGGAUACGCCGGAGAUUGUGAACGAGUGUAUUCGGGCGACGAAGAAGUUUGGCACUGUCGCUUUGAUUGCUGACUAUGCUGCAACAACAAACGGCUUCCUGAUCGGCGCCGUCAUGGAAAAAGGCAUCUCCCUCAUAGGCUGCGGCCAAGCCCCCGUCCAACGCUACUGGAAAGACCUCCUCCGCGACAUCCAAUCCGGCCUCUUCGACCCCACCAAAAUCGUCACGCACCGCUUCCCCUUCGAGCAGAUCGUGGACGUGUACGAUCGCUUCGAUAAGAAGGAGGCGGGGAUCAUCAAGGUGUUUUUGCAGACGAAGUUUUCGCCGCCGCCUACGCCUGGAACGCCUCCCCUGACGGAUGUCAAGAAUGUGAAGUUGAAGGAUGCGGAUUUCAGUGGGCAAACUGAGAAGAAGGUGUGAGCUCUCUCAUCAUCGCGGGUAUCAUUGUCGGUGCCAUAUGAGCUUUAUCAUUUUGGGUUGUCUUUUGGCUGUGUCGUAUAUUCGGUUGUGUGAUCACUUCAUAUUCAAGUGGUCUUCUUCGUGUAAAUAACCCAUUG